AUGUUCUUUCUGGGGAGAUCUAUUGCCAUACUCUACAUCGCGAGGGUAUUUCAGGGGGUAGGUGCGGCACUCGGCUAUACGUCAGGUUUUGCUUUGUUGUUCGAAACUGUGGGAACAGACGACUUGGGCAAGUCAAGUGGUCUUGUUUUCGGCCUGAUAUCCGCUGGCGCGCUGCUCUCGCCCACGCUAGGCGGGUCCAUCUACACAAAAGCUGGUUCGCGAAGUCUACUCAUCUUUGGUUGUGCUAUGCUCGUGCCUGAUCUCGCCCUACGUCUUCUUGUUCUAGAUACAAACCGCGCCAAGAGACACCUUGAGAGGGAGGGUKAUCCGAUGCACGCCAGUCAAGACACGGGCGUUCUAGAAGCCAACGAAGCAGACCUCGUGCAACGCAUAGAAGAUGCCGAAACAAGAACAUCACAAGCAAGAUCAGAGAAUUUCGAGCUAUCCACGACUCUUCCUAGAAUCGUUCGGCGGCUUCCAAUCCUAGCCUGUCUGUCAUCACCCCGGUUCCUCGUGGCCUUGCUUACGAACCUCUUGCAAGCAACGAUCAUCAGUAGCUUCGAGGCGACCAUACCUUUAACCGCCGCGGAUUUGUUUGGUUUCGAUGCUCUGAAGUCUGGCUAUCUCUUCGUCCCACUCAGCCUCGCCGAAAUACUUGCAUCUGCCUUGCUUGGAUGGGURGUUGACAAAAUCGGUGCCAAGACAGUUGGCGCUAUCAGCUUCGCAUAUAUCACGCCUAUGUUAGUGCUUCUACGCAUUUGCGGCGCCGGCGGGACUAAUCAGAUCGUUCUAUUUUGCGCUCUCCUCGCUCUUAUCGGAAUCGGCAUUGGAGGUGCCGGAGUACUAGCAACCGUCGAGGCUGGCAUUGUAUUAGAGAAGAUGUCCGAAGCUAAUCCACAUGUCUACGGCAACGAUGUGCCAUAUGCGCAGAUGUUUUCUAUGCUAGAGAUGUGCUACCAUACCGGCUUGACGUUGGGUCCCGAACUUGGUGGUGGUCUAAGGAGAGCGAUUGGCUUCGGCAACAUGGCGGCUGUUAUUGGCGGUAUCUGUGCAGUUGCAGCCAUAUUGUGCUACAGAUUUUUGGGCUCAAAAUUUAGUGGUAGGGCUGUGGUAUCCAAAUACUUACUGCGGGUUUUAAGGUCACCGACAGGAUCGUCGUAG